AUGGCUGAGCUACUCCGUGCGAUUUCAGAGGAGGCACCGCUUGCGGGGUGCAUAGUCCUCACGGCCGCACUGUCCGACCGAACGUUUGCACAGCUCGAGGAGGCGGACUUCGCAAGCGUGUACGAGUCGAAGAUGGGUGUGGUUGACACGCUCCGUGAGUGCGUCGAUGUCGGGGCAUUGGAGUUCCUCGUCCCAUUCUCAUCCGGAUUCCGUGGCGGGCCUCUUUGGGAAUGGAGGGCAGACGAACUACUGCGCUAUGUUGUUAGAGCCAACACGCCGGUAGAGGAGCAGGUCUCCGCGUGUCCGAACACAUUCGCCUUCGUCUGUCCGGGAAUCAUCGACUCCACGAUGAUGCGCUCGAGCGAACUGGGUGAGUCAGGCAAAGUCGCACAGCUUGAGCAGUUCGCCCAGUGGGGCGUCACGGCGGAAGACGCCCUUGCUCGCUUCCAAACCGGUGAGCGGUUCACGCGGUAUGUACCGACAGUCGACUGGUACGCGCUCGAGCGCACGCGGUGCAUGCCCCUUCUCGGACGACACCUCCUAUCUACUUCUGUUGACGCGGGUCUGGGCUCGUCAGCCACUGGCCCCGGGGCGAGUGGUGUGGGGGCGGCAGACGAAGGGAGGCGACGUGGGCACGCGGAUGGCGGCAAUCGUACGCGGGGUGCUGGGCGUCGCUGUGGAGGACUUCUCGCCGGAGACGCCGUUCACAGCGCAUGGCGUUAG